AUGGUUUCCGCUAGAAAGGAUAAAGCCAAUGUGCUCCUCAUCGAGGGCAGAGGUGUUAGAGCGAUUGUGGCACUCAACAUCGAGACCGGCGGACGAGGCGCUGUGACCUCGGUGUUGAGAUCCAACUUUAACAUAGUCAACCAACAAGGAUACACCAUCAACAGCAUUGAUCAUGGCGACAUUCCCAGCUGGAAGCCUACACGAGGUGAACAACUCUUGAAUUCGUCAACUCGGUGCCUAAUGUCGCGAAAGACUCGUUGCCGCCUUUCGACUAUGUCAUCACGACGACAAAGAAUUGCCCCGAUGUGCCCCCCCACGCUCCCAGAGAUCAUCGCGCCAGCCAUCACUCCUGGCCACACUGUCAUCGUCAUGAUACAAAACGGGCUCAACAUAGAGAAGUCCGUAUUUGAGAGGUUUCCACGCAACAUGGUCCUCUCGGGUGUCUCCAUGAUUGGUUCACAUGAGAGACAAGUGGGCAUCAUCUCCCACGUCGACCCCGACAUCCUCUAUCUAGGCGCCUUUCAUAACCCCAACUUCGAAAAUGACAAGGACGAGGUUGCAGCUGCGCAUGAGUUCAUCAAGAUCUAUGGAGCAGGGGGCAAAACAAACGCCCAGUUCUCCAGCGACGGUCUUGUAAGGCCAGCCAUGAAGGAGGUGUUUGAAGUUGCGAGCAAGUGCGGUUACCAGUUGCCCGAGGAUAUCAUCGACACCAUGAUCAAUCUGGAUCCUAUGGAUCUGUAUCUCGAGCCCAGCAUGCUUUGUGAUUUUCGAAAUGGAAACCUGAUGGAGGUUGAGUACUUGGUAGGCGAGCCCCUGCGGGAGGCUAAGAAGGUCGGAGUGUCCACACCAAAUCUGACGGUCAUCUACGAGAUUUUCAAAGCGAUACAGUGGAGGAUGAAGGAGGGAAAGGGGAUUGUAACGAUUCCUCCGAAGAGGGUAGAUUGA